AUGCACAUCUCCAUGCAACACAAGUAUCCAUUAGUGACCGCGUGCGUGACGGCUUGUGAAACCAUUUUCGACGCACGGUACCAAACCCCGACCCCGCCAAUUCCAGGAGCGCCGCACUCUCUCAGCGACGUCGAGUACGUGGUGGGAAGACAGCCUGAAAUCUGCCUUCGAUGCUCUGGCCUACACGGCAUAUCAGAGGGAGAACAAUGCGAGAACCCCCCGUGCUGUAUUCAAUGCAAAGCUGACCAUCCCACAACCUCUCGUGAAUGUCCAAAAUAUAAGCAGGAAGAACAAAUCGUCCGUCUAAAAGUUGACAAAGGUAUAUCGUUCGCCGAAGCAAGACGCAUAUUUCUUGAGAAUACAAGGCAGGAGACAUACGCUGGAGUUGUGCAGGAACAUAUUCAAAAACAACUUACUGAAAAGGACCAAACGAUUGCUACUCUACAAAAACAAAUAGCUGCCCUAAGGAAAGAUCUAGCCGAUCUUAAACAAAUAUUGAAAUCACGCCCACAGAGUCAAUCACCCUCACCACGCAAUCCACCAACAACAUCCGAUAUUCGAAAUCUAUCGACAUCUACAGCUAAACAUCCAAAGGUACCUGAGCACGGCGAUCGAAUACCCCGUAAAGAACAACCUUUUACCUCCCCACCAUCGAAGCGACGAGAUAACCGCAAAUUCGACAAACAGGAUUAUGACGUCAAUACCCGUAGUAGGAGCGGAAAACGGCAGAUGGAAAUAUCUCCUAUUGAAAACAACAACUAUCGGGGGAAACGUAUAUCAACGCCAAACACAAACAGCACCACCUCAAACAACGACAAGAAUAAUGGACAAGAAGCCCUAUAG